CUCCAUUCAAUUGUGAAUUAUCUCGGGACACUAGCAAUUCCGUAAAUUUACGUAAAGAGCCCAAAUAGGAGCCGAGGUUGAAGAAAGUCGGUUGUCCAGACUGUACCGCGCAAUCCUUAACACAGCAAAUAUUUGGCUGAGAUAAGCUCUAUUAGCGUACACACCUUGAUACGCAUCGUCGUCUCGACUGCUUAAAACUGCUCUCUGCAUCUUGAAUGUUGAAAAUUUAAAUUUUCUACAGUACGAAACGGGCAGCCUUACGAUCGCGACAAAAUAUUAUGUUUUACCUCGAAUGAUCCAUUGAGUGUCACACUUUGGAGCAAACUAAACGAUAUCGGAGUGUGCGCGUCUGUGUUUCAAACAAUUUUUGAACCGUGUCGAAAAAUCGAGGAUUUCAUUGCUUCUCUCCAUUAAUCUUUGCGUUACGUGAAACUGUCGAAAAAUACAGAAAAUGGGCAAUCAAAUGGAUUGCAACGAAUCGAAUUUGAUUUUGUUGUGAGGAAAUGUGAGUCAAAGUGAUCGGGAGACGGCGAUGUGCAACACGUGGAUGCUUCGCGAGACUGUAAACCGCUCGAUGAGUUCCUCCCGUGUUUCGGAAAACUAGCAGAGAAAAGGGAUUGUUCGAUUGAUCAAAGGGUCACGGAGACUUUGAGUGUGUGCGGCGAAUUAAGGCUGUAAUAUUGAUGCACAACUUUAUCGACUUUGUUCGCGGAGGCAACUUGUCUCAUGGUUUUCCGCGGUCAGGAAUUCAGUGAGUGUUUGUUGAAGAGUUUGCGAAUGCGACUCAAGUACUCCGGAUAGCCGCGUCCAGGUAUCGAAGCCGGAGCAGGAAGAGACCCCAAAAAAGUCCUGGAAUGUGAUGGAUCAAGCAAAAAGAGUUUGAGCCACGAGACGCAAGGACAUCUCGGACCUGUUGCAGUCGCUUCGAAUGACGCACUAGAUAUUUCGAGUUCCUCGAUCUCAACUUUAGCCACAUUAUAAUGCCUUUCGGAGGAACUCUGGGAAGAACGCGAAUAUGAAAAUAAUAAAUUCCCGUUGCAUUAAUUGUCGACGCAGCUCGUUUCGACGAAUGGAACGAACGACGAUCUCGAAUUUAUGAACGAGGCUCGAAUCGCGAUCAAACGAAAUCAUACGAACGAGCGAAGCUUCGUAAAGCUGAGGGAAAUAAUGAAAAAGAAACGCAUCUUAGUGACCGGAGUUUCUGACAAUUAGGACAAUUAGAUCGAGUUACCAUGGCGAAUGCACCGCUCGAAGAAACCGAACUAUUCACCGAAAAUGUUGUUCUCAACGUUCUGCACCGAAUUAAUGAUCUCAACGACUCAUAUUUUCGGAAAGGACUCGAAUGUCUCACCUCCAGAGAUCCCCUGACGUCGAGGACUUACGAGGAUGGAUGCGACGUCGAUUGGGACUCUGUGCUCUGCUGGCCCGAGAGCCCACCCGGUACCCUCGUUAAGGUUCCCUGUUUCGAGGAGCUCCAUGGAAUCCUUUAUGACAGCACACAAAACGCGAGCCGCUGGUGCUGGCCCAAUGGAACAUGGGAAAACUAUUCCGAAUACUCGCUUUGUCGCGAGCUCAAACUAACGGAAUUGCAAUCUGGUUUCGAGAUAACAACGAUGCUCUAUUUCAUCGGGUACAGCCUCUCGUUGUUGGCACUCGUCAUUGCCGUCGCUAUUUUUUUGUACUUCAAGGAGCUAAGAUGUCUGAGGAACAGCAUCCAUACGAAUCUCAUGCUGACUUAUAUUUUUGCGGAUUUCAUGUGGAUUCUCAAUACUUCGCUGCAGACGUCGAUUCACAUGAACGUUCCAACUUGCAUAAUAUUCUUGUCGCUUCUACACUACUUCAACCUGACGAAUUUUUUCUGGAUGUUCGUUGAAGGAUUAUAUCUGUAUCAAUUGGUCGUGAAAACAUUCAGUGGGGACAGCAUAAAACUCCGAUUGUGUCUCGCCAUAGGCUGGGGCGUGCCGAUCAUCAUUAUAGCCGUUUGGGGAAUCGCCAAAUCCGUGGGUGAAAAUAUUCAAAUUAAUACGGACGUGGCACUUUAUCGACAUUGCCCGUGGAUGGUUCCCCACGUUUACGACUGGUUUUUUCAAGGUCCUGCGAUCGUCGUGUUGGCUGUAAACGUUAUAUUUCUAUUCACGAUUAUGUGGGUUCUGAUCACGAAGCUGCGGUCGGCGAACACCGCGGAGACUCAGCAGUACAGGAAAGCGAGCAAAGCCCUCCUCGUGUUGAUACCGUUGCUCGGUGUAACGUACAUUCUCGUGCUUGCGGGACCAACGGAAGGACAAGCGGCGAACGUGUUCUCGUACGCCCGAGCGGUACUUCUGUCGCUUCAGGGCUUCUCGGUCGCCCUUUUCUAUUGUUUCCUCAACAGCGAGGUGCAGAACACGAUAAGGCAUCAUUUCUCCCGAUGGAGCAACGCCCGGAAUCUGAGGGUCGAAAGAAAAUACUACAACAAUUGGUCCCCGCGUUCCAGAACCGAAAGCUUGAGACUCUACUGUCACCCAUCGAAUCCGUACAAAAAGCGAGAAUCAACGGUGAGCGAAACAACGACCACGACAGUGAUCGGGGUCAAUUCGACGACGGCUUUCAUCGACCGAACCAAACCCAUGAUAUCCGAGGAUAUGAACGAGUAAAAAAGGAAAAUCGAGCCAAAAUAUAAUGGUGGAUUGGAGUCAACGAGAAUGUCAAAAAUUGACACGCGUUUGUCAUCAACGACGACAACAGCGCGCUCAUAUUGUCGUCUUCAAUACUGGUGUACCUUGUUCUGAACAAUAUUUUUAUGAAAAAAAUGAACCCGAUGUUUACAUGUUGGAUCUUAUGACCGUGAUGAAAAUUUCUAGGUAUAUUCAUCUCUUGGGAUGAUUUAUUACUGGAAGCUGUGAACCGUUCCGAGCUCCAGUUGAAAAAUUCAUAUUCAAAUUGCAUCGAAGACAGUAAAUGUCGAUUUUUUUUCAGUUUUAAUCUUAUUCAAAUAAUAAGUUUUGUCGCGAUAAGUUAUUAGAGAGUUUUGAGAAAUUAUUUUAUUUUUUUCAUAAUUGUAGCAUUAUCGCUGCUUAGUAAAAAGGAAAGUUUCAUUUCGAAAAGUUUCAUUAUUUUUUACGAUUGCGAGAUUUUUACGAAACUACAGAGAUUUUUACAAUUUUAAAUAUUUAUUCGAUCAAAUGUAUUCCCAAAUUCGUUCGACGGUGCUAUAUUGAUAAAAUACAAAAAAUAUAUACGUGGAUAAACUGAGACGACCAUAUAUAUGUAAUAAUUUUUGUACAAUGAUAAAACUGUCCGUUAACUGUCGAUUCUCAUUGUUUCUUAUAUUUUUGUCAUCACCCUUCGAGCGGCUAUCGUGUUUCAAGAUCUUUCGUCAGCACGCCAAAAAUUUGAGGGAUUCAAUGAAUUUUCGAGUUCUUUGGACACAAAUUCGAUCGCGAGGAAAUCGAAUUCGCUUCGCAAUUCGAUGAUUCGAUUGGUCAGCAGAUUCCCUUGUACUUUCGAGGAGUAAAUCGAGCUACAAUUUUUUUUUUUAAUGGACCCGGUAUCGCACGUCAAAAUUUCGAAUGUCCGUUCCGAUUUUCUGUGUGCUGAGGGAGAAUCGAAUCUUAUUUAACUUGUUUAAGGACGAUGUACGAAUAUCAAAAUAAACGUGAAUGUAUUUUUCGAAAA